ACAUUUCUGACCUGGUGAAAUUUCUCAUCUUCCUCCUUUUACUCGGGAAUUUUCCCGAAUGAAAGUUCCCCGAAAACAAUCAAACGCUACCAGCGCUGGUACGAGAAACAGUGGACCAAAAAUAAUGGCAGUGAGGGCUGAAGAGAGUGAAACGACCGUCGCUUUCUCCACAAACGAACAACGCUUCACUGCAGCUGGAGGGGUUCUGGUCCCCAAGUAGCCGCCUUCAUCCACGCUGCCAUCUUCUUCUUCUUCGUCGUCGUCUAUGAUUCAGGGGUUUGCAUCUGCCCAUUUCAUAUAGAGUUCACCUCAGACGAUAAAUGCUUCACCGCAGCCUCGCUUCAGCCACAGGGUUCCCGGACGUUGACGGCGACAACUGGACGUUUUCCGACUCCAUUGGCAACGUUUUCCUGCUUCCGCAAGUAGAAGGAUCUUGUAACCUGGGAGCACAGCACCAGCAGACUGGAGUUAUUGCCUCGGGCGGUUGUUUUCUGUAUAGGUUUUUCCCUUGGUUGUGCCAUUUCCGGCAGGUGUCUUCUAUAUCUUGAGUUAAAGUCUUGCCCUUCAGUUAAAUCUGGUCUCUUGCGAAGCUCAGAGCUCAUUUAAUGGAGUUACGGCCAGGAUGGUUAUAAUGCUAGAAGGGUUUCUAACAACCAAUAAUCUGAUGAGUUAAAUUGGGGAGCAGCACUACCAGACUGGAGUUAUUACCUCGGGUGGUUGUUUUAUCUAUAGGUUUUCCCCUUGGUGGUGCCAUUUCCAGCAGGUGUGUGCUACAUUUUGGGUUAAAGUCCUGCCUUUCAGAUAAGGCUGGUCCCUUGUGAAGUUCAGAGUUCAUGUCAUGGAGUUACAGCCAGGAUGGUUAUAAUGCUAGAAGUGGUGGUUUCUAAAAACCAAUAAUCUGGUUCAUGAGUUUGUGUAAAUAGAUCAUGGUGGACAUCUUGUGCGCCUGAGAACUGCUCGUCUUCUAAGGUGGAUCUUGUGGGUUCUGUUCUGUCAUGUCUGCCUGUUCAAUCUAAAGAGAUGCGCAUUUGGGUGAGAUGCGCAUUUGGGUAUUCUGUUUGUUGGGUGCUCUCUGCUCUGUGAGUUUCUGAGGGAGUCAUAUUGUUGGUGGAAGUGGAAAUGGGGGAGAAGGGCAUGAAGAGCUCGAAUUCCAUGGGUUUAGGAUGUUGUGGGUGGAGGUGGGCAUGCUCGAGUGGGAGUUCCUUUUCCUCCUCGAAUUCUGUAAUUCUUCUGGGAUUCCUUCUGGUGCUUACCACCUUCGGUUCUCUAUUUGCUUGGUUGACAAUCUCCCCCUUUGCGAGGCCUGGUACAGGUUUAGUUGGUUGCCGUGAAGACAGCGAAGGAUCAUGGUCGAUUGGGGUGUUUCAGGGGAAGACUCCAUUCUCUCUUCGGCCUAUUGAAAUGGAAAAUCUAGAGAACAGUAUGAGUUCCGCGUGGCCGGUGGCGAAUCCAGUGUUUACUUGUGCUUCUGUGGCAGACUCUAGAUACCCGAGCAACUUUGUAGCUGACCCUUUCCUUUUUAUUGAGCACUCUCCCACUCAAAGGGGGUAUACACUUUAUAUGUUUUUCGAAACAAAGAAUUCUCUUACAAUGCAAGGAGAUAUUGGCGUCGCCCUUAGUGCUGACAAGGGUGCAACAUGGAAGUAUUUGGGAAUUGCCUUAGAUGAAGAAUGGCACCUUUCUUAUCCAUAUGUAUUCAAUUAUCAGGGCCAAAUAUACCUGAUGCCUGAAGGUAAUAGAAAGGGAGAUCUUCGGCUUUAUCGUGCAUUGGAGUUUCCUCUUCGAUGGACUUUGGAGAAGGUGCUUAUAAAGAAACCUCUAAUUGAUGCCACGAUGAUCCAGUAUGAAGGGUAUUACUGGAUUUUUGGUUCUGAUUUCACACGUUAUGGUACAGAGAAGAAUGCUGAGCUUGAAAUUUGGUACAGCAGGUCACCCCUUGGUCCUUGGAAACAACAUAAGCAAAACCCAGUUCACUCAAGGGACAAAAGUUUGGGUGCUCGAAAUGCUGGAAGACCUUUCAUAUAUGAAGGUUCCUUGUAUCGAAGUGGACAGGACUGUGGUGAGACCUAUGGCCGAAGAGUUCGUAUGUAUAAAGUGGAAAUUCUCAGCACAGAAAAUUACAGAGAAGUAGAAGUGCCAUUAGGGAUUGAGGAGUCAAAAAAAGGCCGUAAUGCAUGGAAUGGUAUUAGGUACCAUCACUUGGAUGCUCAACAGCUUCCAUCUGGUGACUGGAUUGCAUUAAUGGAUGGGGAUCGUGUCCCUUCUGGUGAUUCAAGCAGGAGGCUGUUCAUUGCCUUUACAGGACUGACUUUUGUUCUUCUUCUCAUAACAGCAGUUGGAUUUUCCGUGGGAUGUGUAAUGUGCAUGCUUCCUACAAGCUGGGGUUUAGGUUCUAACAGGAGAAAUGAUACUAUAUGUGUGUGGGUUCAGCCACAAUUUAGCUUGAAGCUGCGAAAAUGUUUUAUAGUGUUUAACAGAACCAGUUCAUCUCUUCAGGGGCAAUUAAGACUAAACACAUGCUUGGGCAAAUCCAUUCUGUGUAUACUUUCCACUAUAGGGGUAGUAGCAGUGUGUGUGGUUGUUUCGUUUCUCUUUGGAGGAAAUGGUGCUGAAGAGGCAUACCCUUUUAAAGGGGAGUACUCACAGUUCACAAUGCUGACAAUGACAUAUGAAGCUCGUCUGUGGAAUCUGAAGCUCUAUGUAAAGCAUUAUUCACGAUGUGCUUCUGUCAGAGAAAUUGUAGUAGUUUGGAACAAAGGUAAUCCUCCAGAUGAAAGGGAAUUUGACUCUGCUGUUCCAGUUCGUAUUCGUGUGGAGAGACUCAAUUCUUUGAACAACCGUUUUAAAGUUGAUCCUCUCAUAAAAACGAGGGCAGUUCUUGAACUUGAUGAUGAUAUAAUGAUGACAUGCAAUGACCUGGAAAGAGGGUUCAAGGUUUGGCGAGAGCACCCCGAGAGACUUGUAGGUUUCUAUCCUCGGCUUGUUAAUGGGAAACCCUUGCAGUACAGGAAUGAGAGGUAUGCUCGAAAGAUGAAUGGUUACAACAUGAUAUUAACUGGAGCUGCCUUCAUGGAUGGAGAAAUUGCAUUCAAGAGGUAUUGGAGUGAAAUGGCAAAAGAAGGAAGAGCCAUGGUUGAUAAGUUCUUCAACUGUGAAGAUGUCUUGAUGAAUUUUAUUUAUGCUAACUUGAGUAGCGCAAGAACUGUUGAGUAUGUUCAUCCUGCUUGGGCAAUAGAUACUUCAAAGUUUUCAAGUGCGGCCAUUAGUCGGGACACAGGAGCACAUUACAGGAGAAGGACCAGCUGCUUGGUCAAAUUCACUGAUCUGUAUGGUCCUCUCCCAGCCAAGGAAUGGGAAUUUGGUAUGCGUGUCGAUGGUUGGGAUGCAUAGGCCAACUUGAUUUAGACCUGAGUUAUUAGAACAAUUCACAUUAGCGAUUGACAAUACGUUCCAGGGAUGUGGCUGAGUGCUGCCAUCUGAUAUGAUGUGCUGGAAAGUGAUAUUAAACUGGGUGUUAAGUGAAAGAAUUUCAUUUCUCAUUCCCCAUUUAUGGGACCAAUCAAAUUUUUUAUUCUGAUCUUUGAUGCUGUGCUCUUGAAAUGGCUUUGAUCUUUUAAGAACAUUUCCUGGAAACCACGUGAAACAUGUGAAGGUGAUGACAGAUCCGAGUUCAUGAUGUAUUGCUAUAUCCGCUGUUAUUGUGACCAGCUAGCUUCUGAUGAAUACUUUAAUGUACUGUGAUAUGGCAUACUUGUUCAAAGUUAUAUAAGCGCCAAUGGAGACUUAACUCAUGCUUCAGCUGGAUUGCUGACGCAUGUAUACUGUUGAGAGGUGUACUGUUGGGAAUCAAAUGAUGAUGUUCACUCUGAGAAUGUGUAAUCUUCUUGGACAUCCAAUUUUCCCACCUUUCUUGUGGGUCUGCAGAAUAUGAUUGCACUGAUGUCUGUUAUAUAUUUUAUUGCUGGUAGAUGGUCUGUGCAUGCACCAUGAUCUGCCUGAGUUUCAAUUGUCUGGUCUCAAACUCCCUGAAUUGGUCAAAUGACCUUUGGCCAAUCUUGUGAUGAUCUGGCUCUUGAACAACACAGAACUUGUAGUCUUGUAUCGCUUAUAUGUUGGGUAUUUCAUCAAAUGCAUAUUUUAUUGGCCUUGAGCAGGUAUCUGGAAUAUGAUAUGGGGCUUAUAUUGGUGUGACUGGAUUACUGGAUGCAAAAUGGGGUCGUCAGACAUUCGUACGUCUUGAAUUUUGUUUCUCGUGUCGGUCAAGAGGUGUCUUGAAAAGAGGAGGUUUUAAAUCACACUCAACACCCUUUUGAAGACCAGCUGCGGCUGCGAGCCUGCGAUGCUCUGCAUGUGCCCUUCUUUCAUACCACAAAUGACCCACAGAAAGGAGGAAUCGAAUAACAGAAUAAGAGUUAGCUAGUGAAACUUUUGUGAAAGAGACAUUGACUGCAUUAGUACAUUGGAGCGUUCGGUUUUUGGAUGAUAAUUUGAUUAACUAGUUGACUCGUUGGAGUUGGGCUAGAAAUUUGGCAUCCAAACCUAUCAGGCUUAGAACAUUUGAGCCUAGGCUGAUAUGUCAGUACUUUUUUCUCUUGGUCUUCCGGCCAUAUAUGUUAAGACAACUCCAGGGUGACCCAUCUCAUCGUAUCUAUCUUAUGGGCUUGGAAAGAUACUUCUCUGUGCACAAGGUUUAGAAGACCAAAAUCCGUGAGUGUUCAUGCUUGCGGCUUGCAUAAAUUAAAAAUGAGCUUUCUUAA